AUGGCAUUACAAUUUCCAAGGUUUAGCCAAGGCUUAGCUCAGGACCCCACUACUCGUCGUAUUUGGUUUGGUAUUGCUACCGCACAUGACUUCGAGAGUCAUGAUGAUAUUACUGAGGAACGUCUUUAUCAAAAUAUUUUUGCUUCUCACUUCGGUCAAUUAGCAAUAAUUUUUCUAUGGACUUCCGAAAAUCUGUUUCAUGUAGCUUGGCAAGGAAAUUUUGAGUCGUGGGUACAUGACCUUUUACAUGUAAGACCUAUUGCUCAUGCAAUUUGGGAUUCUCAUUUUGGUCAACCGGCUGUGGAAGCUUUUACUCGAUGGGGUGCUCUUGGCCUAGUGAAUAUCGCUUAUUCUGGUGUUUAUCAGUGGUGGUAUACAAUCAGUUUACGCACUAAUGAAGAUCUUUAUACUGACACUCUUUUUCUAUUAUUUCUUUCUGCCAUAUCCUUAAUAGCAGGGCAUUUAGUCCAUGUUGCUAUUCCGCAUCCAGAGGGGAGUACAUUUGGUGGAAUAAUUUCUUAG